AAACUAAAGAAAAAGAAGGAUCAGAUGUUAGGAAGAAGGGUUUCGCCGUUAACUUCCUCAGUCACAGGAACGCCACUCAACGCAUUUCUGAUCGUCUUUCUUAAACGAAGAUCGUGAAAUGGCGUCACUAGCACGGUUGUCAAGAAAAGCCCUAACAUCCUCACUCAGCUCCCACCGCCACCUGCUCAGCCGCGCUCUCGCCACCGAAGCGGCGGUGAAGGCAACCAAAUCAUCGCCGCCGCCGGCACAAAGCAUAACCGAAUGUCCGGAUCGAGUGAAGUGGGACUAUAGAGGGCAGAGGCAGAUCAUCCCUUUAGGUCAGUGGCUUCCGAAGAUCGCUGUUGACGCUUAUGUUGCCCCCAACGUUGUAUUAGCUGGGCAGGUCAACGUUCUUGACGGAUCGUCCGUCUGGAACGGCGCUGUUCUCCGAGGAGACCUUAACAAGCUCACUGUUGGGUUCUGCUCCAAUGUUCAGGAAAAGUGUGUUGUUCAUGCCGCUUGGUCUUCUCCCACAGGUUUACCAGCAGAAACUAUGAUUGAAAGAUUUGUAACAGUUGGGGCCUACUGCUUAUUAAGGUCAUGUACAAUUGAGCCAGAGUGCAUAAUUGGACAGAAUUCGAUUCUUAUGGAAGGAUCUUUGGUUGAAACACAGUCUAUACUUGAAGCUGGAUCUGUACUCCCUCCAGGAAGAAGGAUUCCAACAGGGGAAUUAUGGGCUGGAAAUCCUGCAAAGUUUGUCAGGAAACUAACUCAUGAAGAAACCCUAGAAAUCCCUAAACUUGCAGUUGCCAUUAAUGAUUUGAGCAAAGAGUAUUUUAAUGAGUUCUUGCCUUAUUCUACUGUGUAUUUGGAGGUGGAGAAGUUGGUCAAAUCCCAUGGGAUUUCCAUUUGAAAGGAUAAAGUGUCUGUUUUUGGUUGAAAAGGGAGAAAUAAGAAACUCUUGAAGUUGAAGGAGGACUCUUUUGAGUUUUGAUUGUUUUUUAAUUUUGUAUGUUGUGGCUUUUGGUAGACUUCACUUAUUGCCUUUCAUGAGAAAUGGCAUGAAAUCAAGCAUUAACUAGUGCUCUAUAGUUGUACUUUUUAACAAUUGUCUUGAU